AUGUGGAUCCAAUUCUCUCUACCUAUUAGUCAAAAUGAAGGUGAAUUUGAGGGAAUAAAUUUUUGAAAAUAUCAAGAUUAGAGAUACUUCUUUAGUUGGUGGAAAUUUUGUAGGUUGUAAUUUGAAUGAAUCAGAAUUUGAUAAUGUAGAUAUUAGCGGAAUGAACUUGAAUUAAGCAUAAUUGUUAAAUUGUAAAUGGAUGAAAAUAAAAAUACAUGAGUUAAAUAGAUUAGAUGGUCAUACAAAUUGUGUUAAUUCAGUCUGUUUCUCUCCUGAUGGUACUACAUUAGCAUCUGGUAGUGAUGAUAACUCUAUCCGUUUAUGGGAUGUUAAGACAGGAUAAUAAAAAGCCAAAUUAGAUGGCCAUUCAGCUUCGGUUACUUCAGUUAAUUUCUCUCCUGAUGGUAGUACAUUAGCAUCUGGUAGUGAUGAUAAAUCUAUCCGUUUAUGGGAUGUUAAGACAGGAUAAUAAAAAGCAUAGUUAGACGGUCACACUAAAACUGUCUAUUCAGUUUGUUUCUCUCCUGAUGGUACUAAUUUAGCAUCUGGUAGUGAUAAAUCUAUCCGUUUAUGGGAUGCUAAGACAGGAUAAUAAAAAGCCAAAUUAAAGGGUCAUUCAACUUCGGUUAGUUCAAUUAAUUUCUCUCCUGAUGGUACUACAUUAGCAUCUGGUAGUUAUGAUAACUCUAUCCGUUUAUGGGAUGUUAAGACAGGAUAAUAAAAAGCCGAAUUAGAUGGUCAUUCAGAUUAUGUAAGGUCAGUCAAUUUUUCUCCUGAUGGUACUACAUUAGCAUCUGGUAGUGAUGAUAAAUCUAUCCGUUUAUGGGAUGUUAAGACAGGAUAAUAAAAAGCCAAAUUUGAUGGUCAUUCAAAUUGGGUUAAAUCAGUUUAAUUCUCUACUGAUGGUUUAACAUUAGCAUCUGGUAGUGAUGAUAACUCUAUACGUUUAUGGGAUGUUAAGACAGGAUAAUAAAAAGCCAAAUUAGAUGGUCAUUCAACUUCGGUUAGUUCAAUUAAUUUCUCUCCUGAUGGUACUACAUUAGCAUCUGGUAGUUAUGAUAACUCUAUCCGUUUAUGGGAUGUUAAGACAGGAUAAUAAAAUGCCAAUUUAGAUGGUCAUUCAAAUAGUGUUAAUUCAGUGUGUUUUUCACCUGAUGGUACUACAUUAGCUUCUGGUAGUUUGGAUAACUCUAUCCGUUUAUGGGAUGUUAAGACAGGAUAAUAAAAAGCCAAAUUAGAUGGUCAUUCAGAAACAGUUUAUUCAGUCAAUUUCUCUCCUGAUGGUACUACAUUAGCAUCUGGUAGUGAAGAUAACUCUAUCCGUUUCUGGGAUGUUAAGACAGGAUAAUAAAAAGCCAAAUUAGAUGGUCAUUCAAAUUGGGUUAAAUCAGUUUAAUUCUCUACUGAUGGUUUAACAUUAGCAUCUGGUAGUUCAGAUAAAUCCAUCCAUUUAUGGGAUGUUAAGACAGGAUAAUAAUUAGCCAAAUUAGAUGGUCAUACAGAUUAGGUUAAAUCAGUUUAAUUUUGUCCUGAUGGUACUAUAUUAGCAUCUGGUAGUUCAGAUAAGUCUAUCCGUUUCUGGGAUAUUAAAACAGAAUAAUAAUUAGCCAAAUUAGAUGGUCAUACUAAUGAGGUUAACUCAGUAUGUUUCUCACCUGAUGGUAUAUUAUUAGUAUCUGGCAGUCAAGAUAAGUCUAUUCGUAUAUGGGAUGCUAAGACAGGAUAAUAAAAGGCUAAAUUAUACGGUUAUAAAAUGAUUGUAUAUUCAGUGUAUUUCUCACCUGAUGGUACUACUUUAGCAUCUGGUAGCAAUGAUAAGUCUAUCCGUUUAUGGGAUGUUAAAACAGGAAAAUAAUUCGCCAAAUUAGAUGGACAUUCAAAUUGUUUUAAUUCAGUGUGUUUCUCACCUGAUGGUACUACAGUAGCAUCUGGUAGUGAUGAUAGCUCUAUCAGAUUAUGGGAUAUUAGAACAGUAAAGGAGAUUCAACCAAAAUAUAUUUUUUAAAACGAGAUUAUUUCUUAAUUUACAAUAUCAAAUUAGAAUCCAUCAAUUAGAAAUAAAGCUAACAUUGAUCGUACAAUACUCAGAAUAUGCCAAAAUCCAAUUUUGGAAGUCAAAGGAGCUUUAAUCUUGAAAGGACAAUUUGUAAAUUAUUUGGGAGUAGAUUUGCAAUAGUUGUUCUAAACCAAAGGGAGUUUCAUUUUAGAAAGCUAAAUAGCGUAACAAAAUAAAUAAUAUUGA